GGCGUCGAAACCAACCACUUGCCAAAAUCACUCAAAAUGCCAGGAAUAAAGCGAAAAUCUGCGAAGUCUACGUCUUCCGAAGCUGCAAGCCGAAGCAAAAAGCUCAAAAUCGAUAAGCCUUCAGCAAAGCCUUUCAAACAUAAUGACUCGGAGGACCUUGUGGAGGACAGCAGCGAGAAAGAAAGUAGGGCAUCGGACGAAGAUGGUGACUCGAUCAGCGGAAAGAGUAAAGAGCAGAAGCCAAAAAAAGAAGUGAAGGCACCAAAGAAGAAGGGGCCAGAAAAGGAGUCAAAAGACAAGUCUAAGAAGAACGCAAAGGAUUCGGCGGGCGCUCAGAACGAUUCUGCUUUGGUUGCGCUCAAUGCAUCCUCCUCGAAAGAGGCACAUGCAAAGCAAAAAGCCCUUGCCAAAGAACGCAAAGCCGCGAAACCCAACGCCGAUAUAAUCGAGCGGUCGAAGAAGCUCUGGGAGAAACUCCGCUUAAAAUCACACGUGGAGAAAGAAGAGAGGAAGAAGCUCGUCAAAGAGCUCUUCGAGAUUGUCACUGGCCGAGUCAAGGAUUUUGUCUUCAAGCACGAUUCCGUGAGGGUCAUCCAGACCGCAAUCAAAUACUCCACUAUCGAGCAGAGACGGAUGAUAGCUAGAGAGUUGAAAGGAGAGUUCAAGGUAUUGGCGGAAGGGAAAUACUCAAAGUUUUUGAUUGCGAAGCUGCUGGAGAAAGGAGACCCUGAGAUACGCGAUCUGAUCAUCUCUGAGUUUUACGGUCAUGUCCGUCGACUAAUCAACCACCCUGAAGCCGCAUGGAUCUUGGACGACACCUACAGAGCCGUUGCCACGCCUGAACAGAAGAGUCGUCUCCUUCGAGAGUGGUAUGGUCCGGAGUUUGCUAUAAAAGGUCUCAAAACAGAAGGAACAGACAGCGCAGAACUCCGCGUCAUCCUGGAAGAAUCACCCGAGAAGCGCAAGCCCAUCAUGGAGUACCUUGAGGCGCAAAUAAAUCAGCUUCUGCAGAAGAAGCUCAGCGGAUUUACAAUGCUACACGAUGCGAUGUUGCAGUACUUCCUCGCUUGCAAGCCGGGUAGCUCCGAAGCGAACGACUUCCUCGAGCAGUUCAGACCGGAUCCUACUAUCAAGGAGGGUCAAGAAGCGGAUAACGUGGACCUGUUGAAGAAUCUUGCUUUCACAAAGUCUGGAUCUCGCCUCGUAUCUUUGGCAUUUGCGUACGGCAGCGCUAAAGACCGAAAGACGUUUCUGAGACCGUACAAGGAUACAAUCGAGAUGAUGGCCUACGACGCUAAUGCGCAUCACGUUCUUCUUGCCGCGCUGGCCGUCGUUGACGAUACCAAGCUAACGUCCAAAUCCAUCUUCGGGGAACUUCUACCGUCCAACGACAGCCUUCCCGAGAAGGUGCUGAACUUGGCUAGCGAUACGCGUGCCCGCACUGUUCUACUCUACCCUUUUGCUUCUGAAGCAAAGUGGCUCAUUGAUGAUACAACAAGAGAGCGUCUGGCAGAGCUAUAUGCCAUUCGUGCUACCACAUCCAAGAAAGACCCUAUCAUCAGACAGCAAGAAAUUGUGAAAGCGAUUGAGCCGCAGUUGCUCACAGCUAUUGCCGCUAGGACGACAGACUUUGCGUCCUUUGGUUUCGGCCUUCAGUUCAUGGGAGAGGUUCUGGUUGGGGCACCGGAUAUUGAGCGGGAAAAGAGGCGGGAGGCACUCAAAGAGGUUGUGCAACUCUCUCAGCAGAUUUUAGAACCCGCCGUUACCGGGGAAUCUGCCUCCGAAGAAACUACAAACGGGAAAGGCAGACAGGAUGUUGCAGCUCUUAGCAAAAACAUGCUCAAGAUGCUUGUGCAAGGGGGCAAGUUUGACCCGAAGUUGAAGAAGGUGGUGCCGGUGCAGCCCCCUCUGGGAUUCGCUGAUAUGUUCUGGGAGCAGAUUAAGGAUGAUGUUGUUCAGUGGGCCACUGGUCCGGGGUCUUUUGUUAUCGUCGGGUUGGUCGAGUCUGAGGAUUUUGGGAAGAGGGACGAGGUAUUAGCCGCUUUGAAGAAGCAGCGGAAGAAGCUGGAAACUGCAGCUGGGCCUACGGCUGAUGCAGACAAGUCGAAGAAGAGGAAUAAGGGAGAGAAGGGCGAGAAGACUCCUGGAGGCAACGCAGGAGCGAGGAUACUUUUGCAGAAGCUGUAAUUGCUGUAAUUUCGAUUUGGCUUAUACCAUUC